AUGGAGCGGUGGGCCACCGAUUCUUCGGAGGCGGACUAUUGGAUCCCGGCAAGCAGUUUGUGCGGAACAGUUGACGCGGUUGCCAAAUGGACUUUUCCCGACGUUAAAGAGCACUUUUGCUUUCUGCGGUUGACAAGUAGCAGUGCACACGAGCCCAAUUUCGAAAUCCUUCGGAGCCUCUUGCAGCUGUUCGUGGCUAAGAAGUUGCCAGUGUGCUCCAUUGUGCUUCUUCUUGACAAGAAUAAGGUGGUUGAAUCCCGGCCGAGCGCUUUGCAGACCGCUAAAGCGAUGGCAAGCAUUCCCGUCUACGUUGGCCAUGUUGAUCUUGUGUAG